AUGAAAGUGGAUUUUUUAACGCGUUUUAAAGGAAGGACUUCUACAAUGAAUAAACGUGAAGGAGUUACAGGUAUCAUUUAAUCAAAUGGUACUCCAAUUGAGAAAAUGCCUGCAUCAUAUACUUUUAGUUCAUACAUUUCUAAUUAGCAUGUCUAUAACUAUUCAGAUAUUGAAAAACAAUCAUAAUAAUCAAAUGAUGUUACUCCUACAAGUAAAGAUCCAUAAAUCAUUACAAACAUUAAAACAUUUAACAAAAAUAGAAAAUUAUCACAUGCUUCUCCAUUAAAACCUGGAACUAAUAUGUCAAACAUGUAUAGAUCACAAUUUGUUCCAGAUAAAGAAAUGUAUUCAUUUCCACUCUCCAAAACAGGAUCAGUCAACUUAAAUGAAUAUGAAUUGAUUGCAAUACCAAAAAGUGUGUUGUGUAUUACUAUUUAAAAAUAUUAGAAUUUGGUAUUAGAGUAGAACAUACAGAUGGAGAUUAACCAAAAUAAACUAUCUUGCCAAAUAUCUCAAGACAAUACUAUUCUAAAUCCUAAUCACUUGAUUUACAAUAAGAUAGACCAAUGGUCAAAUCAGAAAUAUUGAAUUAAGGUUCUUAUGCAAAAUAAAAAGAAAAAAGAAGUCUUCUAAUAGCUGGAUUGAAUUCAAUUAAAUGAUUACCAUUUUUGAUAC